AUGUUCUGUAAGAAUCAUGAUGAGGUUGUCUGCGCAACUUGUGUAGCUAUAACUCACAGGGAUUCAUGUCAAAAUAUACACUCCAUUCCGGACGAAGUUGACAAUCUAUACAAACAAUCAGCUUCUGAUCAAACCAAGAAUCAACUCCUUGCAGCAAAAAAAAAAAACAAAACAAAACAAGUAGAGGAUAAAAAGAAAGCCACACAGCAAAUUCAAAAUGAGCUAAAGAAACAAAAGCUGAGAGCAGCUGAUUCUAUCAUAAACUAUAGAAAAGAACUGGAGGCUGAGCUCAAGAUACUUGAAACAGAAUCACUCAAAGAUGUGGAUGUGCAAUAUAAUAGUAUGGAAAGAGAUCUACAGAGUGAGAUCAAGGAAGCAGAGGAAGAUAUUGAAGACCUGGAACAAUCUGCAUCCAAGCUACGAAGGUCUAUUGAAAAUAAAGCCCAAGAAUUUGCAUUAAGACAAGCGCCUACAGCAGAAGCUACUUGCAAGCCUAAAACUACAGCAUACAAAGUGAAACAGCAGAGGAAUAUUAAUACUAAGGUUAAAGAAGACAAAUAUACAUGUAGAAUACUUGGAUCCUGUUUUACUGAGGAUGGUUCCCUUUUGCUUGCUGAUAACAAUAAUUAUAAGUUGAAACGUCUGAAUAUUUCAACAUAUACCAUCAUAGAUCAACUAGAUCUGGAGACAGGACCUGAUACUGUGGCUGCAGUUAGUCUUCGCAACAACACCAUACAGUUUGUAUCACUAGGAGACAAGAUGAUAACAACAAGGAAGCUGAAGAUGGAUCAUUACUGUUAUGGUUUGGCUUUCAAUGAUGGGGAAUUGUUCAUAUCUGAUUCAGACAAAACAGUUUAUAUUCACGAUAUAAGAGACAAAAUGUUACAUAAAGUGAUAACUAAAAAAUCAGGCACCGCAAUUUUCAGUGGCAAUAGACAUUUAAAUGUGAGUAACUACAGGGAUUUUGUGUAUGGCGCUGAUUCCGUGAAAUGUCUUAUAAUUCUAAAUAAACAGGGAAAUUAUCUAUCAACAUUUACUGACCCUGAUUUAGUUCAGCCUUGGGGAGUAUGCACAGAUAAGAGAGGAAACAUACUGGUCUGUGGGUAUAUUUCAUCAAAUAUUGUCCAGAUAAGUGAGGAUUCAAAAACAAAGAUAGGCAUGAUCAAAACAGAUCACUAUCCAUUAUCAGUCAGCUUUAAUCCUCACCAGAACAAACUAGCUGUAACUCAUUCAAACAACAACACAGUAAAAGUCUAUGAACUAGAGUAA